AUAGGAAGGUCAAUUUAAAAAUUUGCUUUUGUGACAAUGAACUAAAUUUUAAAUAUUUGACUAAAAUGUGAUUUGUUUUGUGUGAUCUCUUCCAAAAAUUUUAGUUGCUUUUUACCAGGUAAUUUCGAUAAUCCGGAUAAUUUGAUAAGCCGAAUGGGGUCCGGUCCCAAUUAAUCCGGAUUAUUGACGUUCUACUGUAAUAGGAGAAUCCGAGGCCAAUUUCCGACAGGGGAAAACAACAACUAUUUACCAAUCAGUUUAACGUCAAUAGAGGAUCAAACCGUGAAACUGUUUAACAAUAGACUUGUACUAGAAAAGAUCAUCAGAGGAGUCAAUGUCCAGACAAGCAGCACGAUUCUGAACAAAAGAAAGCAGUGCAUAGGGUUCGCCAAUGACAGUUUUAGUAACUGUUUUUACGAAACUGCAAAUGACGUCUACUGAGGAAACCGUGAACGAGGAUGAAACAAAAUUGGUCUCCAUUUCAAAACUAAGAAAACAGAUACAACAGAUAAAAGAUGUGGGAAUACUGGAAAAUGCUAAUCUAGACGAUAUUUACCUUUUAAGGUUUUUAUACAGUACAUCUUUUAAUAUUGAUGAAGCGUUCAAAAGAUUCAAAGGAUACCAUGAAAGUGUUCAAAAAUAUCCUCUAUUAUACCCUUUAACAGGCCCACUAGAUCGAAGACCAAUUAUAGAACGUAACAUCAGUACAUUAUUACCAGAUUGUGAUAGAAAGGGCAGACCUAUAUAUAUAUUUAAACCAGGUAAUGCCAAUUAUAGCCAAAUGAAAUUUUCUGAUCAAUCAGGGAUAGACGAUAAUUUGUUCGAAUAUUUACUUGUCCAUAACCCAGAGAUUGCAGAAAAAGGAAUAUGUUAUAUAUUAGAUGCCAAAGAUCACUCAUACGGAUUUGUGAGAUGGUUGUCUAUAACCAAUAUGAAUAUGGGAUUAAAUAAACUUAACUAUUUACCAUUCAAAGAUUUUAUGUGUCACGUUGUAAAUCAAAGUAACAUCUUGAAAAUUACUACUAAGAUGAUUUGGCCUCUUAUUCCAGAAUCGAGCAAAAAAAAUGUAAGAAUCCAUGCAGAUUGUUCAUGUCUACAUGAAUAUAUAGACCCCGAAGUCUUACCACCGGAAUAUGGUGGAAACAAAGAAAUUGAUUACGAAAGUAUCCACAAGAGCUACUACGAUAAGCAUGAUGAUAUUGUGAAAAGUUACAGCAAUAUUCGACAAAGAUCAGGGAAAUUAAAAUAGCGACAGGACAAAAAAUACGCCAAUCGUGCUCGAUAUAAUACGAAAAUAUGUUUUAUUUAAAUAAGUUGUAAAAAAAAGGAAAGUAUAUUUUGUAAAGUAAAGAUUAAAAAUUUUAAAACUC